AUGGACCUCGUUCUUCAUAUUGGCUUCCUUCUCGGUUUCGUAGGCGGACUUCUGCUGAGCAUUGUGCUCUUUUUCAAGGAUGCCGCCGCACUAUUCAGCAAGAGCAAGCACGCGUGUUUCUGGGAGACAAUGGUAUCUGUCCUCUUUAGCAUCUGUCAAGCCGGCUUGUCAACAACUGGCAUAAUCGCCAUCCGGAUCGCAUUCACCGCGGAUACUGAGCCUUCGUGGCUAAACGCAGUCAUCCUGUGUACCCUUCAGCUGUUCAUCGGCACCAAUCUUGCCUGGACAGUACGUGGCUUCGAUGAUUCGCACCGGGCGGUAUGGCUAGCCUAUGGUAGUAUCGUCUGGACCGCACCUGAUGUUGCCUUCCGUAUGAGAGGUGACCUCGUUCACGAGUACGAAUUGCUGUCUCGCGGUGCUAUAGCAUCCGCCGUGCCGUUAGCGCUUUGGUACCAUGCUCGACGAACCCAUAUGUCCUCUGGAAAGCACGACGCCGACUAUAUUCGGACACUAGUACUGUGUAUCGUUACCAACGCAGCUGCAACGUUAUUUCAGAUGGGUGGAGCCAUCGUUUUCUACAGUCUUUCGCUUGCCGAUCAGAAAAGAAGCAAUCUCCGCCAGGCUAUCUUUCUUGCUUGUUUCCUCAUGCAAGCGGUGAACUUGUUCACUGUGUGCAAGGCCACUAUCAAACGCUUAUUCAUUCAGUGCAAGGCCAAAAUCAAAGAUCGGUUCCCUUUGUACAUGGCAACCAUCAAACAACACAUUAUUGAGCUUUUCAGACGCUCGGCUCGUACCAGAAGUAGUGAUCCAGAGGGUGCAGUACGAUUGGAUAGUCUUUGA